CGCCUGUACGACAUUUGUCCACUCGCCAUUAAAACACAGCGAAGGAGCACCACACACGGAUCUUGAGCCCCAGUUUUUCGUGGCACAUGUAACCAAAAAUAAUGCACUCCAUCGCGGCAGGGGAGCUCCGAGUUCCCGGAGAGGGGAUCCUGGUAGGAGACAAGCUGUACUCCAGGGUUUGCCUGACUAUAGACUUCUGCCAGCUGCCCCCGGAGCGGCUGCAGAGGAGCCCGUCCGCCGAGCACGGACUGCCCGCCGACACCGAGGAGCUGCUGCGGCUACGGGGCUGCGAGAGGAUCCAAGCCGCCGGCAUCCUGCUCAGGCUGCCGCAGGUAGCCAUGGCUACAGGCCAGAUCCUCUUCCAGAGAUUCUAUUACUGCAAGUCGUUUGUUCGACACUGCGCCGAGACAGUAGCAAUGGCCUGUGUACACCUGGCCUCCAAGAUAGAGGAGGAGCCCCGCAGGGUGCGGGAUGUGCUCAACGUAUUCCAUCAUCUCAAGAACAGAAAAGAGGGAAAAGGUCAGGCUGUCAUGCCCUUGGAUGCUGCCUACAUCAGUAUGAAGGCACAGGUGAUCAAAGCAGAGAGGCGACUUCUAAAGGAGCUGGGCUUCUGUGUGCAUGUCAAACACCCUCACAAGAUAAUCGUCAUGUACCUUCAGGUGUUGGAGUGCGAGAAGAAUACGAAGCUGGUACAGACUGCCUGGAACUACAUGAACGACAGCUUGAGGACGGACGUGUUUCUGAGGUUCAGCGCAGAGACCGUGGCCUGUGCUUGUAUCUUCCUGUCGGCCAGAUCACUGCAGAUCCCGCUACCAGAUUGCCCCCCCUGGUUCGAGCUGUUUGGGGCUUCGGAGGAGGACCUGAAGGAGAUCUGCCUGAGGAUUCUCCGGGUCUACAGCCUUCCCAUGGUCUCCUUCUCCAGUUUACUUCAGCAGGUGGACCAGUGUCGCCAGGUUCUGGAUGCUAUGGCUGCCAAAGCCAAACUAGGAGACGCGUUACUGCUCACCAUGGGAACUCCGACUUUAGACGCCCCUUCAAGCUUCUCUCCAGCUUCCAAAACAGUGUCGCCUGCCGUGUCAAAUCAUAAUAAGAAGUCUCCAGGGUCCCAAGAUGCACUAAACAGCGCUUGCCGAAAACUCACUAAUGGAGAUGGAAAGACCAAAGUGAGUCGCAGUGCUGAAAGAAGGGAGACUCGUUCCAUCACCCCUCCAAAACGCAGACGCAGCCGCAGUGUUUCCUCUCCCUCACGCUCCAUCUCUCCUCUUCACCGGAAAACAUAUAUUAGCCACAGAGAAAAGGACCGAGGAAGAGACAGAAAAAGGGAGCGGAGAGACCGUGAAAAGGAUCGACGGCGAGAGAGGAGAGAUGAAUAUUCACGAAGAAGGUGAUAGUCAUCACUAGAAAUGAGCGACAUACCAAAUUGUGGAUCAAGCACAUCCUCUUUUUAGUCUUUUUGAAACGUUUUUUCUAUUUUUGUACAUGGUUGUACUCUGUGGUGUUUUGGCAAACCAAAUCCAAGAUCAUGAGGUUAAAGCUAAUAUUUGUUGUUGCUUUUUUUUAUUAUUAUUAAAAUACUUUUAUAUUUA